UUAUUUGAAAAUGUUUGAGUAAACUGCCAUGUAAUGCUACAUUCUUGUUUGUGCUUAGGCUUAGAGUGUGGUUUUUUCAAUUUACUGCACUAUGUAUAGUUUAACUAAAGUGGUUCGGUAAAAAAAAUAACGCAACCGGUAAGCGGAAUCCCUCUCCAGUUCUUGUAUGUCUCGAUGCUCCUACCCUCUACAGUUCCUGUGAACGCUCUGCGGGGAGGAACCAAAAUUGGAUGCCGGAAGUUUACGCUGCUUUUUACGGUUAGGUGUCAACACACAGUUCAGUGUUGAAACCGUAGGCAAUCUACUCGAAUAUGAAGUCUUUCUCUUCCAACAGUUGUCAAACGCUGCUGGCCACCGCAUCUUGCUGUGCGGUUGCAUCAAUACUUCUUUUGAAAUGGAUAAAUUCCAGGGAGGUACAACGAAAGAUAGACAGAGCGAAAUUGAGAAGGGAUAUCUCGCUACAGGAGGCAGAAACUGCUGUCCAGCGAUUCCGAGAAAAGUACCCAGGCCAAGAAACUGAUCUCAUCCUAUCCUUGUCCCUGACUGAAUUGACAAAAAAACUGAAGGAUGGUUCGCUAACUCCUGAUACAGUCUUACACACUUACAUGGGAAAGGCUUUGGAUGUGAACCGGAAGUUCAAUUGUGCCACUGUGUUCCUUUUGGAGAGCUGUGAGCAGCUUGGUGAGGCAGAAACUCACCGGGAAGGCCUUCUCUAUGGAGUUCCUGUCAGUAUUAAGGACAACCUUGGAUACAAGGGCCAUGACUCCACCUGUGGAGUUAUCUCUAAGCUGGAGCAGCCUGUUGAUGUUGACAGUGUAGUGGUCCAGGUGCUUAAGAGACAAGGCGCCAUCCCCUUUGUCAAGACCAAUGUGCCCCAGGGACUUCUCAACUACGACUGCAGCAACCCCAUUUUUGGGCAGACGGUGAACCCCCAUAAUCCCCAGAAGACGUCAGGGGGCUCAUCCGGUGGGGAAGGAGCACUGAUUGCAGGAGGGGGCUCCAUCCUGGGCUUGGGCACCGACAUUGGGGGCAGCAUUCGCAUUCCAGCAUCUUUUUGUGGGAUAUGUGGAUUCAAACCCACAGCCAACCGGUUGAGUAUGCGCGGUUCCAGCUCAUGCUGCCGGGGCCAGAAAACAGGGGUGUCAUCCUUGGGCCCACUGGCGAGGGAUGUGAACAGCCUGGCCCUGUGCAUGAAGGCACUGCUCUGUGAGGACAUGUUUGCUCUGGACCCCUCUGUGCCGCCUAUGCCAUUCAACGAGCAGGAGUAUUUAAGUUCUAGGCCCCUAAGGAUUGGUUACUAUGAGACUGAUGAUUACCAGCUGGCAUCGCCAAGCAUGAGGAGAGCCGUACGGGAGGUUAAGGAGCUGCUGGAGGGAGCAGGACACACGCUGGUCCCUUUCUCUCUUCCUCGAGUAGCCUAUGCCAUGAAUCUGUUCACCGCAGGUAUCUUGGGAGAUGGAGGGGCUACUUUGCUCAGCAACUUCAAGGUGGGUCCUGUUGACCCUUGCCUAAAAAGCCAGACAGUACCCUACGGCCUGCCGCUCCUGAUCAAGAAGAUCCUUUCUUUUCUCCUCCGGCCCUUGUAUCCUCGUGUGGCUGAUGGAAUGGCUUGCCUUUGUGGAGUCGGAUCUGUACAAGAUCUGUGGAGGCACUAUGCAGAUGCUGAGGACUACUUUUAUGAGUUCAGUGAAGAGUGGAAAAAACAGGACCUCGAUGUGUUGCUUUCCCCUGCACUUGGUCCAGCCUACAACUUCAGAUAUUGUGGGAAGCUGACGUGUGCCUUGAGCUAUACUGCUUUCUAUAAUGCUCUUGGCUUCCCUGCUGGGGUAGUGCCGGUCUCCAAGGUGACAGACGCUGACGAAGAAGAGCUGAAGCACUACAAGGGAAACUAUGGAGACAUAUGGGACCGGUUCUUCAAACAGGCAGUGACCGGGGGUCAGGGCCUCCCUGUGGCCGUACAGUGCAUCGCUCUCCCCUGGAAAGACGAACUCUGCCUGCGCUUCAUGAAGGAGGUGGAGCAGUUGGUCAGAGACCUCAGGAACAGUGGCACGUAGGAAUGCCACAGAAUGAGUCCAUCUCUAGUGUGUGGAUAUGGGCUGACGUGUCUGUUAGAUUGAACGCAUAUCGAUUAAGGGCGCGGUCACACAUGCGCAAAAUUAACAUCGGCGAAUAUUCAGCUUAUCGCUGCUAAAUGAGUUACUGCAAGUUACUUAAUCGUGGUGUGUUCUUACUUUUUAAUGGCUCUGGAAAGUUGGCUUAUUUUAGUUUGAAUAAGUGAUGACCAAGUAAAAUCCUGUUAUGUGUUAUUUGUCGCAUGAGGUUAGACUUAUCUACUGUUAGGACUACAGUUGAAAGCUGUAGAGCUGAGGUCUACUUUCCUUUUCACAUCGCUGUAUAACAAUCAUAUUACAGAUCAGAGAAUGAUAAAUUUCCAUUAUUGCCUGCAUUAAUGGACAAUAAAGAUUUUUUUAAAUAAAACCCUGAGCACUCUGGGAAUAGAAUGAAGGAACUUUACGGAACUGCUUGGAGUAAAAGCAUUGAGUUGUAUGAAGUGCAAAUUGGGUUGAUAACCCCUCUGAAGAAGAUGGUGUAGCAUAAUCCAGUCCUAUCCAACUGGAGGCCUUUUUGAACCCAAAUCUUAAAUGCUCCUCAUGAGUGGACCAAAGUCAGUACUGGAGAGGAACACUGCUCUAUAAGAACAAAUUAAGCAUAAUAACAGAUGGAUACAGUACAAGACAAGUGUCAAUUAAGUACUGCUAUUGUUCACGAGGCGAUCGCGUGCAAGUUAAUUCAGACGCCUUUCCAAUUCUCUUUUUUUUGCGAAUACAGACUGAAUGUGUUGAGAAGGAUAUUCUAGCCACGGCUUGAGCUGCUUGAUUUCUGAUCUUGUGCGUCAGGUGUGUUUUAUGAAUAAAUAUAUUUAAAAGAUA